AUGGAGGCCAUCUCCCACGCCGGUACCGUCCUCGCCGUCCUCUCCAAGGAGGGUAUUGCUCUUGCUGCUGAAAAGAAAGUGACUGGAAAGCUACUCGAUCUGUCCUUGGCUCCCGGAGCUGGCGUUGGUGGAGAAGGGACAGAAGCAUGGAUGGGAGGUGGUGGAGAGAAAAUCUUCCUCCUCAACAACAACAUCCUCGCCGGUUUAGCUGGUAUCACCUCUGACGCUAACUCGCUUGUCAACUUUGCCCGUAAUAGCGCUCAGCAGCACUUGUUCACGUAUGAUGAAGAUAUUCCAGUCGAGAUGCUCGUGCAGAGACUGUGUGACAUGAAGCAGGGCUAUACCCAGUUUGGUGGUCUCCGACCCUUCGGUGUCGCUCUUCUCUACGUGGGUUGGGACCCCCUCUACGGGUUCCAGCUCUACCAGUCUGAUCCUUCCGGCAACUAUUCUGGAUGGAAAGCUACCUGUGUCGGCGCAAACCACUCAUCGGCGACAAGUUUGUUGAAGCAAGACUACAAGGAGGAUCUGAGUUUGGAGGACGCAAAGGCGCUUUGUUUGAAGGUGAUGAGCAAGACUAUGGACUCUACCAAGUUGAGCAGUGAGAAACUUGAGUUCGCGACCAUGACUCUUGACGGCAAGACCCAGCAGCCCUUAGCCAAGAUCUUCCGUGCUUCCGAGCUUGACGAGCUCCUCCAGAAGCUCGAGCUGGGAGGUACCCAAGAGGAUGUGGCGGCUGAGGGGACUGGCGGUGGCGGCGGUAGUGAGGGUAACGUGGCCAUGAGCACAUAA